GCGGGCCCGAGGCAGUGAUGGCGGGCGGGCGCGGGGCGGCGAUGGCGGACGGCGCGGCGGGGGCGGCGCGGUCCCGUUCGCUGUUCCUGUGGGACGACGGGCGCCCGAUGCGGUUCUAUGUGCGGCCCGGGGUGUCCAAGCUGCGGCUGGCGCCGCUGGUGCUGGCGGGCGGCGGGCGGCUGUGCCGCGUGCAGGAGCCCGGGGCCGUGCUGCUGGCGGAGCCCGGCGAGGCGGCUCCCCGCGGGGCCGUCUCCACCGAGUACGUGACGGAGUGCGUGGAGCGCAACGAGCGGCUGCCGAUGGAGCCCUUCGUGCUGCCCGCCUCGCCGCCCCCCGCCGCGGCCGCCGCCACCCCGCGCGGCCGCCUGUCCUUCACGGAGGCCGAGGACGCGGCGCUGCUGCGGGCGGUGCGCGCCGGGGGCGCGGCGCGGGCGGGCGGGCGGGCGCUGUGGAUGGAGCUGGAGCGGAGCGGGCUGACCCGGCACAGCUGGCAGGCCAUGCGCGACCGCUUCCUGCGGCACCUGCGGCCGCUGCUCGGGGAGCUCCCGCAGGCGGAGGAGGCCUCGCAGGUCACGGGUCUCUUCGCGGCCAGUAACCGGGAGUUCGAUUGCGCGGAGAAAGUGACACUUCGGACGUUUCAGAAGAACUUUCUACACAAGAUGGAGGAGGAAGUUCCCCAGGAGAAACAGCAUUUGAUUUGAAAACUGGACUGGAGGACUUUGCUUUCCCUGACACUCAGUUACAAAUGGAAGAAAGACCAACAAGCACUUGUUCUUCCAGUGUGGUGGGAGAAGUAGUAAAAACUAUGCAGCACUUCAUGGAGAA